AUGGGUAACCAACAAUCGUCCACCUCCCUCCCGGGGCCGACCAUGUACACGGCCACGGCGUCUGCCUCUGUCGCGGCCGCCCAGGCCACCGCCCUCACCCUGAGCCCGACCAGCAGUGUGUCCGGCAAGUCGUUCGACCGCUUCGUCCAGAUCUUCUUGGAGAACCAGGACUUCGAUAUCGCUGCUGGAGAUCCGAACCUCGCAUACCUGGCCACGCAGGGCAUCUUGCUCGACAACUACUACGCCAUUACGCACCCCUCACAGCCGAACUACAUCGCGGCAGUCGGCGCUUCCACUCACGGCGUCAUAUCCGACAGUGCUGCCCGCAUCUCCGGCGACGUCGAGACCAUCGUCGAUCUACUCGACACCAAGGCCGUGAGUUGGAGCUUAUACCAGGAAGACAUGCCCUACUCAGGCUUCGAAGCCAACUACGUAAACCAAAAGACGGGCGCGAAUGACUAUGUUCGCAAGCACAACCCCUUGAUGAGCUACGAUUCCGCCACCAACGACCUGAACCGCCUCGCCAAAUCCAAGAACUUCACCAUGUUCGACAAGGACCUUGCCGCCAACAAGCUGCCCCAAUGGAUGUUCAUUACUCCCAACAUGACCAACGACGGCCACGACACAAGCGUAACGGUCGCUGGCAAGUGGGCGCGAAACUUCCUUACGCCUUUGCUAGCCAACAAGAACUUCAACACCGCCAAGACGCUGAUUGUGCUGACAUUUGACGAGAGCGAGAACUACCUGGCGGAAAACAGGGUCUUCACUGUGCUCCUGGGUGGUGCUAUCUCUGGGCAACAGGGCACCACUGAUUCGACCAAAUAUAAUCACUACAGUCUGACAAAGACGGUGGAAGACAAUUGGAGCCUGGGUGAUCUUGGGGAGAAUGAUGUCAGUGCGACUGCAUUCCAGUUCUAA